AUGCAGUAUCGGACUAUUUUGCGCACGGCUUGUGUCGUGAUCCUCCUCGCCACGCAGUCUGUGGCACAGAGCCAAAGCAGCACCUACACGGAUAUCUACACCAUUCCACCUUUGUCUGCUGUCCCCACCUUCACAUCGCCUUUAGCUAUCUCAACGACUAUUUCUACAGGACCGAAUUUAAGUAAUGGUCUUGCACAGACGCCUCCUAUGGGAUGGAGUAGUUGGAAUGGUUUCGGCCCGAAUAUCAACGAGACACUAUUGAGGGAUACUAUCGAUACCAUUGCAUCAAAUGGUUUAAUGGAAGCCGGUUUUGUUUAUGUAAAUCUGGACGACGGCUGGCAGCACUACUUAGGAAACCGUCUAGACCAUCCACUCGAAGCAGACCCCGUCAAAUUCCCAAGCGGCAUCAAGGCCCUUGCUGACUACGCACACUCAAAAGGCCUUAAACUGGGCAUCUAUUCUGGUCCAGGUCAAACUACCUGUGCAGGUUAUACCGGCAGCCAAGGCCACGAAGCCGAAGACGCAAAGCUGUUUGCAUCCUGGGGAAUCGACCACCUUAAAUACGACAGCUGCUGCGCCUACCAAUUUGCACCUAAGUCCGUAGUCCAACAAGUUAUUCUCUCAAUGUCCCAAGCUCUCCUCGCCAGCGGUCGCCCCAUCGUCUAUCAUGCGUGUCACUGCGGCUGGGCUGACUCCUGGGAAUGGGCGGCCCAAUACGGUGCCAACCAAUGGCGAAUAGGUCAAGAUAUCUCUGACGACUUCGACUACCCUGGCAACCGCAUGAAAUACUUCUUCGAUGUUCUAGACUUGCUUGAUCGAGGCAACAGCCUUGCGCAGUUUUCUGGGCCGGGACACUGGAAUGAUUAUGAUAUGCUGAUUAUUGGGCUUAAUGGAAAGUCGCAGCAUGUAGGAGCAGGUUGCUCGAAUGUCGAGUACAGAACGCAUUUCAGCAUGUGGGCCAUGGUGUGUUCGCCCCUCCUCAUCGGGUCUGACGUACGAGCCCUCAGUAGCGAUUCCAUGGAAACCCUCACCAACCCAGAAAUCAUAGCCAUCUCGCAAGAUCUCCUUGGGCAAGCGGCAGCCACCGUCGGUGUCGGGAACCAAGAUGGGGGUACUUUGCAAGUGUAUGCUAAGGCGAUGGAGGAUGGGAGUUAUGCUGUUGCGUUGUUGAAUCGGGGAGGUGUGACGGCGGAUAUGAGUAUUAGUCCGCAGAGAGAUUUAACGGUUGCGUGGGAUAAGUACACGGUGAGAGAUGUUUGGAAGCAUGAGACGACAGGGCCGUAUGAUACGCCUUACAUGGUUGAGGUUAUAGGUCAUGAGGCGAAGAUUUUGCGUCUAUAUGAAGUGGUACCUAAUGCUACGAUGCCUCUUCCUUGA